AUGGCUGGAUUCGAUAGUGCACCUCGCCCUGUCAAGACGUGGCAUUCGAAAUCAUACGAUCACGUCGAUCCAAAAAGGUCCGCGUUUGACGGCAAGGGCAAAACUUUGCUCAUCACUGCUGGAGCAACUGGGAGAGUCGAGCGUAUUGUGAUUUUGUCACGCUCUCCCGGCCCACAGCAAGAGGCCAAGUCGGCAUUGAAUUCGCUUUAUCCCAGCUUGCAGGUCCUGCCAUAUCAAGUCUCCAUCACAGAUCAUGGCCGUAUCAACUCAAUCUUGAAGGAUAUUGGGAAGAUCGACGUGCUGGUGAUGAGUGCAACAGCGACUGAGCCAGGCUUUGGAGGUAGCAAUCUGGACGUGUCCGUUGACGAUAUGCAGCUCAUAUUCGACACAAAUGUGAUAGCGGCAUUCAACUUGGUGCAGACGUAUCUGAGCCUUCCGGAGCCUGUGGGCAGACGCAAGACCAUCAUCAACGUCUCCUCUCUGGCCUCGCACAUAGUGCUGCCCGGACAAGUCGGUUAUGGUCCAAGCAAAGCUGCGGUAAGUCAGAUCUUCAACCACUUCGCCAAAGAGCUGGAUCCAACGAAGGCGACGUUGCUUUCGUAUCAUCCCGGCGCUCUGUACACUGCUAAAGCCGCCUCAUAUGACAUCAAGGAUAAUCCUGAGGCCUCGUUCCUUCACGGGCGCAUGGUUUGGAGUAACUGGGAUGCUGCUGAGCUUGUAGCCUUGAGAGAAAAGGUCGAGAAUGAUCCAAAUUACUUGACGAUCGGGCUCCAGCAGUAA